AUGGACCGAGGGAGUCUAGUUGAGCCUGUCAACGCCCUCCUCGCUGCUUUCACUUCAAGCAGCCCUCCAUCAAGCAUAAUCUCGACCUUCACCACGGAUCCCAAACCACUUAUCCACGAACAUGGGCUCCCCCAGUUAGCCCCCUUCCUCGGGCGUACCUUCUCUGGUGUGGAAGGCAUAUCCGAAUACUUUGAAAUUCUUUCACGAAUCCUGAAUAUCAAUUCAAUGGUAUUCGAGCCUAAUCCCGAGUGGUUAGUUGACAUUACAAACAUGUGUGUCACUCUCCGGGGAGCAGCAAUUUUUGAAUGGAAAGAUACGAAGAACUCAUGGGGCGAGACAUUUAUCUACCGAAUUGCACUUGCAACGGAUAGAAGUGAUGAUCGGCUGAAGUCGGGACGGAUUCUGGUUUCUGAGUAUCGGAUUUGGGCAGAUACAGGCGCAGCGUAUCUAGCUCGAUUGGGGCAGUUGAAUAGAUUGGAUAGAUUGAACUAA